AUGUCUGACGACUGGGAUUCCGUUACCAAGAUUGGCGCCCGCACCCGCGGAGGUGGUGCCUCCCAGCGCGAGACCGUUGUCAAGAGCGCAUCGGCCCUGAACGCAGCCCGCAGAUCUGGAGCUGCCAUCAGCACCGAGAAGAAGUACGCUUCAUCCAACGCCGGUGCUGCACCCGAAGGACAAAGAUUGACCAAGGUUGAUCGAUCAGACGACAUUGUCAAACCCAACACAGUGGGAAGGACCGUCGGAGAAGCGAUCUCAAAAGCGCGAAUGGCAAUGACACCAAAAUUGAGUCAGAAAGAUCUGGCGACGCGGAUCAACAAAACCCCAGCUAUCGUCAAUUCCUUCGAGAAGGGCGAAGCAGCACCUGACCAGAGCAUCCUGGCCGCCAUGGAGCGCGUGCUUAACGUCAAGCUCAGAGGCAAGGACAUAGGCCAGCCAAAGUUCGCAAAGAAGUCCUAA